GUGGCAGAGUGAGGAGCUCUCUUAUAAACCUCUGCCCUGCACACCAACAGCUGGGACACACCCAACUGACCUUUUUCCAGAGCCCUGGACAACACACGCUAGUGUUAGUGCGUGCGUCCAUGAUAAACAGGAGCCAUGAUUCCUGUGACGGAGUUCCGGCAGUUCUCAGAGCAGCAGCCACAGUUCCGGGUUCUGAAGCCCUGGUGGGAUGUGUUCACAGACUACCUCUCUGUGGUCAUGUUAAUGAUCGGAGUGUUCGGAUGCACCCUACAGGUGAGGCAGGACAAAAUCAUCUGCCUUCCCCAAAAAAUGACCAUGUACAACCAAACAAUACUCUUACCAAAUAAAACUGCUGUGCAGCCGGAUGUGCCCGAGAUGAUGGGCCGGAAAACCAACCUGGACUUCCAGCAGUAUAGCUUCAUCAACCAGAUGUGCUAUGAGAAAGCUCUGCACUGGUACGCCAAGUACUUCCCUUACCUAGUCCUCAUACACACCCUCAUCUUCAUGGUGUGUAGCAAUUUCUGGUUCAAGUUCCCAGGCUCCAGCUCUAAGAUAGAGCAUUUCAUCUCCAUCUUGGGAAAGUGCUUUGACUCCCCCUGGACUACUAGAGCUCUGUCCGAGGUGUCUGGAGAGAACCCAGAGGAGAAGGACAUCAAGAAGAGUAGGGCGAUCCUCAAUGUGUCUGUAGAGGGGAACCUGGACAACCUGGAGAAGACCCAGUCCCUCAAAUCCAUCCCAGAGAAGAUUGUAGUGGACAAGCCCACAGCCAGCGCUCUGGAUAAGAAGGAAGGAGAACAGGCCAAAGCUCUAUUUGAGAAGGUGAAGAAGUUCCGCCUGCAUGUCGAAGAGGGGGACAUCCUCUAUGUUAUGUAUGUUCGCCAGACUGUUCUCAAAGUGUUCAAGUUCCUCCUCAUCAUCGCGUAUAACAGUGCUUUAGUCUCUGAGGUGCAGAUCACAGUGAAGUGCAGUGUGGACAUACAGGACAUGACGGGAUAUAAGCAUUUCUCCUGUAAUCACACCAUGGCCCACCUGUUCUCUAAGUUGUCGUACUGUUACCUGUGCUUCGUGGCUGUGUACGGAUUCACCUGCCUCUACACUUCCUAUUGGCUCUUCUACCGCUCACUGAAGGAGUACUCCUUUGAAUACGUGAGGCAAGAAACGGGAAUCGAUGACAUCCCAGACGUGAAGAAUGACUUUGCCUUCAUGCUGCACAUGAUCGACCAGUAUGAUCCACUGUAUUCCAAGAGGUUUGCAGUGUUCCUGUCUGAGGUCAGCGAGAACAAACUGAAACAGCUGAACCUGAACCAUGAAUGGACGCCAGAGAAGCUGCGUCAGAGACUGCUGACCAACCACAAUGACAGACUGGAGCUGCAGCUGUUCAUGCUGUCUGGGCUCCCGGACACCAUCUUCGAGGUGACAGAGCUCCAGUCCCUGAAGCUAGAGAUCAUCAACAACGUAACCAUCCCAGCUUCCAUCGCCCAGCUGGAAAACCUCCAGGAGCUGUCUCUGUAUCAGUGUUGCUUUAAGAUCCACACCACAGCCACUUCCUUCCUCAAGGAGAAACUCAAGGUGCUCAGGGUAAAGUUUGAUGACAGCAGGGAGCUGCCUCAUUGGCUGUACCACCUGCGGAAUCUAGAGGAACUCUACCUCAUUGGCUCAUUGAGUCCUGACGCUUCGAAGAAUGUGGGUCUGGAGUCCCUGAGGGAGCUGAAGCACCUGAAGACCCUCUCGCUCAAAAGUAACUUUACAAAGAUCCCCCAGUCCAUCGUAGAUGUGUCCAGCCACCUGCAGAGGCUGUACAUCUACAAUGAUGGCACCAAGCUGGUGAUGCUCAACAACCUGAAGAAAAUGGUGAACUUGACUGAAUUGGAGCUGGUGCACUGUGACCUGGAACGCAUCCCACAUGCUGUCUUUAGCCUCACAAACCUACAGGAGUUGGACCUGAAGGAAAACAACCUGCGCUCCAUUGAGGAGAUAGUCAGCUGCCAGCACCUCCACAAGCUGACGUGCCUGAAACUCUGGCACAACAGUAUCUGCUACAUCCCUGAGCACAUCAAGAAGCUUGGCAGCCUGGAGCGCCUCUACUUCAGUCACAACAAGAUAGAGAUCUUGUCCCCGCACCUGUUCUUAUGCAACAAGCUUCGUUACCUGGACCUGUCCAACAACGACAUCCGGUUCAUUCCGCCGGAGAUUGGCGUCCUACAGAGUCUUCAGUAUUUCUCUGUUACGUGCAACAAGAUCGAGAACCUCCCAGACGAGCUCUUCUUUUGCAAGAAGCUCAAAACCCUCAAGCUGGGCAAGAAUAUGCUGUCUUUGCUCUCACCAAAGAUCUCAUACCUGGUUCUAUUGACACACCUGGAACUGAAGGGCAACCAUUUUGAGCUCCUGCCUCCAGAGCUGCGGUUCUGCCGGGCGUUGAAGCGUGGCGGCCUAGUGGUGGAGGACGUCCUGUUUGAAACCUUGCCUUCGGAUAUCAGAGACAAAAUGAAGGCUGAGUGAAAUGCUUUACAGUAUCUAUGCAAAAGGCCCUGCCAUACACUAGCUUCCUGUCCAGGGGGUGUACUUUCACAUCAAGCUGCCUUACAUAAACAGGAGAUUGGCUUCUGCCAUAUGGGCCAUUCCGGCUUGGACAAGCCAAUUUAUAUGUCUGUGCAAAAAUAAAAUGACAAUCUUGUCUUAAUCUGACAAUCCUAGUCGACCAAAAUGGUAGAUUUUACUGUAUACUUAGCUCAUGAUCAAACUCUAAACACUAUACCCUCAGUUCGUAAUGGGGAACAGUUAUGAUAUUCAUUGGUGUAUGUUUUUGAGUAUUAUGUCUAAGUGUUGCUAUAUAACAGAAGGAAAUAUGGCUUUAUGUUGUAAUUUAAUGGUUCUUAACAAUAUAAUUAGUCACAGGCAAGGUAUACUUAGCCCUGGUACCAGCCUAUUUGUGCCAGAGGACAACAAAUGCCCACUUUCAUUGAAGCCACGGAAGUUCAUGGCUGACUGUAGUUUUGCAGGCAUUGAUAGCAAAAAACAGGAUCCCCAUUAUAGUGAAUGAAAAAAUGUCAAUCUUCGUGGUCAAUGCGCUAUUGCAUCUUCACAUAGGAAUGAAAUGGUGUCAUGUGAUGGAUGUCUUUGUCCAUUCAUAUAUACAGUCAUUGAUUUGUGCUAACAUUCGACUGCUUGUACUUGGAAUGUUUUGCAUGACAUGGAGUGGCAAGGAGUGGAAUGAUAGCAUAAACAGAUAUGGGACCAAGCUAAGGUAUACUGUCCAUCAGAUGAUAUCAAUUACUAGAUUGCUUGUUCUUGUAUUUAUUACACUGUAAUGUAUUGUGCAGUUUGUCUAGCACGCUUCAUUCAACAUAAACUGGAUGGAUUGCAGGCUUAUAAUCAGAAAAUUAGAAUGCAUACUAAAAUGGAAAAUGUUAAGAAUUCUCUAGUCUGUGGGGUAAAAGUGGAGAGAAGCAUUCAAGGCAGUUGUGUCCUCUAGCCAUCUCUAUGGUCACUUGAGGACAGAUGGCAUUCAUGACAGGUGUGCCCUCUAACCAGCUCUAUGGCCAGGUACAAAAACGGGCAGGUUUGAGGGCACCUCCUUUCUAUUCCGGCAGAGAAGCUAAACAUCCCACACCCACAUUUUUCCUGAUCUAGGCGGGGCCACUCUGGUCUACUUAUUGCCCUCCCCCUGCGGAAGGGGUGCCCCAGAGACUGUAGGGAAAGGAGAUAUCUCACUGGCUUUUUUUUUUUUGGUCGGGGGGGUGGAGUGAGUGGGAUAGGGGACAAUAAGUAGACCAGCGACAGCUGUUCCCUCUCAUGUGAGCCUGCCAGAUAUUAUAGAGGCAGUGAGCUCACAUUGGAAAGCAUGCUUAAAGUAUUUUUAGCAUAUUUGAGCAUAUUAGCGUAUGUGCUACUGUGCAUCUGCUGGUAUAGUGUGAAUAUCUUUUGAAUGCAUCAAUGUUAACUCUUUAGGGACUAUUGUGAUGAGUCCAAAGACCAACAUUGGAGUGAAUCUGACUUUUGUCUGAGAAUAUUUUUUGAUGAUAAGUGUUACAUAGUUAAUUGUUAGUAGUUUUUGAUAAAAUACUGCAUUUAUUAGUGGGUCUUAUGCUUGUGGAAGGCUUAUAUUGAGCCUAAAUAUAAUUUUGCUGACUGUUUAAAAUGCAGUGUAUUUUACCAUUAAUUGUACAACACAGCAUAUUUAGAGAAAACAUUUUUAAAAAUUGAAAGAUAUAUAUAUAUAUAUAUAUAUCGGGAAUCACCCACAAGUUUUUAAAAAAUCGAGAUAUAAUUUUUAGGCCAUGCCCAGCCCUAACUUCAAGUAGUAGAAGAAGAAAAUGUACUACUUCAAAAUGGAGAUACCCUCAAUGGUGCUGCCCAUAGUCCACUCUUCAGUACAUGACACACUCACAUCAGGCAAGGAUGCACAGGAUUCUUGGAGGCAGAAAGACCCCAUUGUCAACUGCGCCCAUUUUAGUUUAUAAGUAAUAUCUAGAUUCUAGAGUCUAAACAAAAACACUACUUUGGGUUCUUGUAUGCUUACAAUGUUGUUUUGAUUAUUGCAUGAGCAGUCGUUAAGAUUAUAUUUGUUUGUGACCUUUGCAAAAAUACCUAUUUGGAUCCAGCAGUUGUUAGCUAGAAUGCUAACACCCAUUUUACUGGUUGAAGUUGAGUUUAAGUACAAUGCAGUUUUUACGUUAUAUUAAGCAAGACAUUCAUACGAGUCUUAAAAUCUAAUUUUAAUCCUAAAGUAGUCUGAAAUGUACUCAUAACAACAUCUAAAUGGAGCCUUCUUUUGCUGGUGCUCUAUGAGAACUCCCCCGUGUUCUGCAACCAAUAUAAUAAAUGGUGGGUUAUAUUUUUCCUUUUGGAAAUGUUUUUUGCAUAUCCCAACUCCCCCUGAUACACCCUCGGAGAGUGGGGUCAUGGCCAUUAUCAACGGCGACCCUGGCGCAAUUAGGGUUAAGUGCCUUGCUCAAGGGCACAUCCACAGAUUCUUUUCACUUUCUAGGUUCGGUUACCCUUGUGCAGCAAUGUUUGCAAACGCAGAAAGGAUUCUGUUCUCUCACAGAUGACAUAAUGGGAUAUCUACAAUGUUUCGUCCUCUAACUAUCUCUAUGGUACCAACACCAAGUAACGUAACCAUUUUAAUUAAUUUAUCUGUUUUUUCUGUUACAUGUAGUUGCUAAUUGACACACCUUAAAUCACUGUACACACCUUUUGAGCAUUUGUUUCUAUUAUGCUAAUGAAGGCCUAUUUUUUUGUGGCUAUUGCAUUGCUGCUUGAAAUCUUUUCGUGAGCUUUAUAUUGUUUGAUUGCCUGCCAUAUGCUAUCCUAUGUAGCCACCGCUAGCUUGCUCUAGCUUUUGUCUUCUAUGCCACAUGCUAUUGCAGCCUCUUGGCCAUGAGAUUUGUUGCAUUGCUGCACUAAUUAUGUAUAACUUUACUCAUUUACAUUGUAUUUGUAUAUUGUCAUUGCAUUGAUAUUCAUAUUAUACAAGUUAACAGCCACAUAAUUAUGCACAUUAUUGCGUGUUAUUAUUUGUACCUUUUUACUUUUGUAGAUAAACCACACAUACCUACCUACCAGUAACUCGAGAUCUCGGGGCUAUAAGAUUCCGUCAUUUUGGUUCAAAUAAACUCAGCAAAAAAAGAAA